CUCAACUACACUUCCCAACAACCAACUUCUGCUUUCUACGUCAACCGAAACGACGCGACUUCCGAGUCUUACCGCUCCAACGAACACCCAUUUUUUCAACCACACCCAAUCAAACUAUCAAAAUGACUGGAGGCGGCAAGUCCGGCGGCAAGGCUAGCGGUUCCAAGAACGCGCAAUCCCGUUCUUCCAAGGCUGGUCUCGCUUUCCCCGUCGGUCGUGUCCAUCGUCUCCUCCGCAAGGGCAACUACGCCCAGCGUGUUGGUGCCGGCGCUCCCGUCUACCUCGCUGCUGUUCUCGAGUACCUCGCUGCCGAAAUUCUUGAGCUUGCCGGCAACGCUGCUCGCGACAACAAGAAGACUCGUAUCAUUCCCCGUCACCUUCAGCUCGCCAUCCGCAACGAUGAGGAGUUGAACAAGCUUCUUGGCCACGUCACCAUCGCCCAGGGUGGUGUUCUCCCCAACAUUCACCAAAAUCUCCUUCCUAAGAAGACCGGCAAGACUGGCAAGAACGCGAGUCAAGAACUUUAAAGUCGGAGCUUAGUUUAAUUUCUGUUUUCUCUUCCCUUUUUUCUGGUUGGCACGUUGGGUUCAUGAAAUUGGGGUUCACGGUCUAGGGUCAACGGUUGCUUUUCAUGUUUGGGCUGUACAUUAUCCCCGUCAACGGUGAUGGGUCAUGAAUGCGAAUAUCUUUUGAGCAUCAAUCAAAAGUGCCGUUAAUAUCUCCAUGGUUUCAAUCUCCCUUUCGUUCACUCAUUGUGAUGAAUAUGCUCAAUAGCUGUCGCUACGCCAUGCUGAAUCGGCUGUAAGUGAUAGGCUGUAGUCUGCGCUCAUGCUCAACAGCUACCCCGCCAUUUUGUCUGCCUGGUUCAGAUCCCCGCUUCAGAAAGUCAUGUACGGGGCAUGUUAGACCCAUGAAUUCUUUGAUGAAAACCAGCUUGAACGUGUCUAUUCGUGAUCAUGUGUGUAAAGUAACGAUAGACGGUUGGCAACAUGCGGUCCGAUUUCUCAGAACUUGAGCGGCGGAGGAGGGUCCAGAACGUGAGCAGGCAGGUUCCUCUCGUAUUUUGAACCUCCGGGAGAAAGUGGAGGAACAAAGGGGUCGGGAUGUUUCCAAUGCUCCAGGAGCUUCUCCGUCUCUCUCAAGAGCACCCGUAGUUGCCUAGGAUCGUGGACGUCGCGGUUCUUUUCGAACAGGGAGCGAAUGUAGAGGGCCUGGCCGCGCCAUAGUUGGCGAUUGACAGCCCAGUCGAGCGAGAGCUUCAGUGAGCGUCGGUAAAGGGACAAGACAGCCGGUCGCGUCGACAUGGUGGAUUAAACUGACUCGUUCACCGUGGGUCCCGCUCGUGGAGCUCGACGAAACGAACGUUGUAGGCGUAUAUCCUUUUUCGUCCAACAGCUUAGCACGUACCUCUUUGGCUGCGGUAGAGACAAGUGAUAAUCGGCUGUCGUGCGAUUUUGGGCUGAGGCGGUGAAUGGUAGGAUAAGAUAGAAAUGAUGAGGGAAUCCGC